AUUUAUCUAAUAGUGUUUUUAUAGGCUAUAAAUGUGUAGCAAAAACAAUGUGUUCGAUUAAAAAAAUAUUAGUUUGUCAUUUAUUUUCUAUUGAAAAACUGAAUAUUUGUUUGAGUUAUGUGCUAAGGCAGUGAUUGAAGAAGAGUCUUAGCUUUGAAAUGAGUGACAAAGUCAAUGGACUAAGUGACAAUAAACUUUAAUCUAUUUGGAAAUCAACCCUCCAAUAAUGACCUAUCCUAAAGUUAAUAUUCCCUUUUGACAAAGUGCCAUAUGAAUUAAUCCCAACAUUUUAUCCCUAUCAAUAAAAAUUCACAUCCCACCAGUCAUCUCCAUCGCGUACAAUACCCCUUUAUUCCCGCUCAACAAAUACAUCACCUAUAAAACACCCAUUAACAGUUGAUAAAAACCUUUCCUGAUAACGCUGAACAGUGUCGCUUAGUGCUUAAGUAACAACUAUUAUAAUAUUUUUAUCACCUCGAAGUAUGCCGCCAACCCUCUUAUAUUUACUGUGCAAUAAAGCAUUAUAGUAUUUGCUUAAGGUUUCUCUAACUUCUUUAUAUUAUUCAGUAAUAUCUUGUGUGAAGCCAUUUGAUUAACUGUGAUAGUGCAAAAUGGAUGGUGAUAGGGUAUCUGUGAGAGGAUUUUUGGUCCAGGGUACGGCUACUUUGGCAAUAUCGUACCUCACAACCCUCACCGGCCUGGUCUUCUCUUGGCCUUCUUACAAUGUGGCCAACUUCAUGUCCAAUGACACCGUGCUAUCAGCUCCUAUGUCUUCCGUGGACGUGUCACUACUGGGCAGCCUGACCAAUGUAGGAGCCAUGAUUGCUACACCAUUCUCUGGGUACAUUGUCAACAGGCUCGGACGGAAGUAUAGUGCUAUGCUAUUCGGAUUGCCUUUUGUGCUCUCAUGGGCAAUCAUAUCGGUAUCCACAUCGAUACCAAUGCUGCUUCUAGCGAUGUCAUUAUCUGGUUUAGGAACAGCAGGACAAACAGUAUCUUCAAUAUACAUAUCAGAAAUAUCACAGGAUUCCAUUCGGGGAGCCUUAAUGUCUACCGUGGUAUCUUCAUAUUUUAUGGGAGUGCUGAUAUCGUAUAUAUUCGGAGGAUACUUGGAUUAUGAUUUGAUAGUAUACCUGCAUUUGUUCAUGUCAGUUCUGUAUAUACUGAUGGUGGCUGUUUUGAAGGAGUCUCCUGUGUUUCUGAUGCAGAGGGGGAAAGAGAAGGAAGCAGCUGAGUCUAUAGCAUUCUACCGCCAAGUAAAAUCGACAUCCAAAGAAGUAGAAGUUGAAAUAUCUAAAAUUAAACUUCUAUUAGACCCGAGACUGGAGAAGAUAUUAGAAGGAGACGCAGAUCCAGCGAUUACCAAAGAGCUGAUUAACUCUACACCGCCGGUGAAAAAGUUGUCAGAAUGGCAGUUCUUAAAACAAUCACAAACUUCAAUCCGAGCACUAAUGACAAGCCUAGCAUGUAUGGCAACAAUGAUAUUGAUGGGGAACAUUGCGUUUCAAGUAUACGCAGAGACCUUGUUCAGGGAAGCAGUGCCGUCAAUGGACUCAAACCAAUGUUCUAUCUUCUUAGCGAUAGAUCUGUUGCUAGCGAGCGUACUGUGCACAUUUACUAUUGAUAAAUUUGGGAGGAAGCCCUUGAUGAUCAGUACAUCAGUGCUCGCCAGUGUCUGCACAAUGCUGCUUGGUACGCAAAUCCAAUGGCACUGGGCUCCGCACUGGUUCACUGCUCUCAUCAUCUACGUGUACAGCUUCAUCUUCAACUUUGGAGUCGCUGUUAUUCCAUUUGUGUUGAGUGCUGAGCUGUUCUUGCCUGAAGUACGAGGACUAUGUGGUGGCAUCGUGAUGACUUGUGGCUGGGCCAUGAACUUCGUCACAGUCCUCAUCUUCACUCCAGUCGUUGAAGAAGUUGGAUUCGCCCCUCUAUUCUACGCCUUCUCAGUUGUUGGAUUCGUUGGGGCUACUUACUGUGUCUUCUAUCUUCCUGAGACCAAAGGACUGUCAAUAGAUGCCAUCCAAGCUUUAUUUGUUAAGAAAACUAAGAGGAAAAUUGAUGCUUGAUAAAAGACUAAUUAAUUGUACUCAAUGUAGUUGAUCUUCAACAUUUAUGUCGGUUUUAUCUUGUAGCUAUUAUGGUUCUAUUAGAUAUAUCUUCUAUAAAUAAUAUAAAAAUGAAUCGCUGACUGUUUUGCUAAGCGUAAAUCUCGAGAACAGCUGAACCGAUUUCGCUGAUUCUUAUUUUUUUGGGUAUGUUAUUGUUAGGGGAAUGUUCCUAUGUACGAAAAAAUAACAAAGAGGCGCAGAAAAUUGUCAGAGCGAAAUAAUGUUCGCGGGGUCCAAAAUUGUGCACAAAAUAACCUUAUUUUAAAUUUAUACAUAAAAAUAUGUUUUAUGUUUAUUUAAAAGAAAUUUUUAUAUGUAUGCGUUUUCAAACCGAAUUUUUGGGGAUGUGGUCUGUUGGUAAUAAAUAAAUUUUAUGUUUUUUUAAAGAAACUAAAAACCUUUAUAAUAGUUUGUAAAAAUGUUAAGAUCAACAAAAUUUUGCACCAAGUGCAAGGGACAAACUUAACACAGUAGCUUUGUAUAAAAUUUAUGUUUCCUGAGUUUUCGAUCACUCAUAAAUAAAGUAUCAACUCGAAUGUGAGUGCAAGGAACUUUUUAUUUCAGUUAAACAAUUUCUACUAUGAUAAGGUUGAUUUUCUUAAAGCACAUGUUAUAGAUAAUGUUUAACAAAUAUUAAAAUAUCAUGAUAAGGUAGGCAUUUGGUUUAAAGAAGAAAAUGUAAUGAGUUUUUUUAGGAACUAAAUAUGUUUGUCAUUGUGAUACUAGAAAAAAAUUGCAAUCACGUGGAGACUCUGGGAUACUUACAGUGAUAGUAACGGUCGUCUUUGAAAAUAAUGCUUGUAAUAAUAAUAUUCGUUCAUCACUUUUUUUAGAAUAAAGAUCCUGAUACUACAACAGGAUUUGUAAUAUUUUUUGUUUGUGAAAUUUUUCAAUAGGCAAAUAUUUUCAAUGAAAAAUGUGUCUAAAACCUCUCUAAAAAAAUCGUUGCAAAAUCUUACAAUACUCACUUAGUAUUUUGAACGUUAUCAAAAAUAUUCUAAAUGACCUCUCGCAAAAAAAAUUUACAACUAAAAAAUGUAAAGCCGGGCUGCAUGCAUAUUAAAUAGGAAUUAAAAUUCAUAACCAUUCGCUGGAACAAAGAAAAUCGAUGAAAAUGCAACUAUUGCGCUAGUGGUCCGUUAACCAACCCUUAUUUUGGGGGGGGGGGGGGGCAGAAUAAAUGUGUUACCAGAAUUAUUCCUAAUUUAGGUAGAUUUGAUUAAUAAAAAAAAACUUGCUCUGCCCACCCCCAUGGGAGACAGGCGUGAGGUUAUCUAUGUUUGUAUGUAUG